UCUGCACCCGCAAUCACAUUUUCUCAGCUUUCUCCCCUCAGCCGCGGCAAACAGCGCAAACACGAUAUGCCACCACCUCCCUAAUUGAUCGACGGCGAAACUCAUUAAACAAGUCAAUUCGCACUAAAAACGUGCAUCAACCACAUCUCGCACGUUCUUUUUUUUUCUUUUCCCGCCGAUCUAUCUUACCCAUUACGUAGCCUCAAGCAAACCGCGUCGCAAGCAUCGUCGUCGCAGGUCGCCAUGGCGGAUAAGUGGGUAGAUUGGAACAAGACCACCCGGUCUAAGGACUAUCGCGGGUCCGGGUCGUUUGCGACUUUUAUGAUUAUAGGACCAACAUGCUUCUUCCUCGGCAUCCUCUUCGCCAUGUUCCCAUACGACUUCCCGCUCCUAUGGACCAAAGACCCCAUCUCGGCCACGUACCUCGACCAGCUCGAAAUCCACCUCAAAUUCAUGCACCAGUCCCCGCCGCUGAUCGCGCGCAUCCUAAGCAUCAUGGUCGGCGUCGGCUUCCUCGGCUUCUUCAUCAAGCUCUUCCGCGCCUCCGAGUCCAACAUGCUGUUCGACGGCGCCUCCCUGGUCCUGUACCUGAUCGGCGUCGGCGUCUACGUCGCUAACAUCGUCAAGGGCCUGCGCCUCGUCAGCGCCAACGCCUGGGACGAGGACGCCUCCUCCUUCGACCCGACCGCCGUCGGCGUCGGGCGGCCCGGCGCGGGGGCCGGCGACCCGCUGACCGGCGGCGAGAUCAUCCUCGGGAGGGAGGACAGCCUGAAGGUCCUGGCUGCUAGCAACACGAUUCUGGCGCUGGUGCUCGUCGGCGUGCUGGUUCUCCAGGCGGGACAGUGGUACGCCGAGCGCAAGGACGACGAGGAAUACGAGAAGUACGAGAGCAUGGAGAAGACUGGCAACGGCGGGCAUCCGUCGAGUCCGACGGCGGAGAAGAACAACAACAAGAAGAAGCAAUGAAGAGAGAGAGAGCUCUCGUUCGUUUCUCUAAAAGUUUUCAUAUUCUUACCAUGUACGAGCCCAAGCUCUGGCGAGUCGGGCCAAGGGGUGUUAGUAGGUAUUGGUGCCGUUUAGUAAACCGAAAAGAAUUAUGUCGAGAGUGGCUUCUUUUUGGAUUUGGAUCGUGGGUGGUCGGCUAUUAUUGAGAUGUAUGUAUGAGCUGUUGAUGGACGAUUAAUGGGAACAUGGGAGAAAGAGUCAUACCUACUUUGAGAUGGGCUCCGAGACGCUUGUACGAAAAGUUGCCAUGCUGCAUCAAAUGGGCUAGGUUUGAAAUGUGCGCAUAUCAAGACGAACCGCGAUUGGGUUCUCGGUUUUGACGUUUUAAUCUCUGCCUUAUUUACGUGGAUAGUACUCGAGGUAUUUGAUUGGACCUCUGCUCUAUCCUCGAUAUAAAUAACUUGGAAGUAAAUACGUUUUCCAGUUAGCUGUCACCCCUUUCUACGUGUAGUAGACAGGUACUUACAUCUAAGUAUCUGGCACAUGAAUGGACCAACCCCGGGAUAGUUGC